UGCUGCUACGUGACGUCAGCUCAGCUGUCGUAUAAAGUCAUUCCCCGUUUUCUUUCUUAUCUCUUGUUUUUAUUAAUUGCUCUCAGGCCGCAAUUAACCAUAAGUCAGCAAUGUUACAACGAUAAGCGAUCGCAGUGUUAUUAUCGUGUAGUCAGUGUUUAUUGUCGGGAAUAUCCCUUCAGACCGCUCUCGGUGCAAACAUGGUUACCUGUUCCAAUACUUUCGUAUUGGUUUUAUUUUCUGUAUUAAUUAGUGAGUGUGUGCCGCGUUCUAUAGAAGAAGAUGAUGAAUCAUUUCUAAGUGCCCCGAAAUAUACGAAGUAUGAUGAUUUAGUGAAGUUGUUUGCGGAAUUAGAAAAAACGCACCCGGAUCUUGUAAAAGUUUACUCUAUCGGGAAAUCGGUAGAAGGGCGUGAGUUGCUGGUUAUUCAGAUAUCUGAGGAUGUGAAGAAGGCUCACGCUGGGCGGCCAGCGUUUAAAUACGUGGCUAAUAUGCACGGGGACGAGGCAGUUGGCAGAGAGCUGAUGGUGUUCUUGGCAAAGUACUUAGUCCUGAACUACGGCAAGAAUGAGAGGGUCACGAAAUUGGUGAACAACACGGAGAUCCACCUGAUGCCGUCACUGAAUCCAGAUGGAUUUGAGAGCAGUGUUGAAGGCACCUGCGAUUCAAUCGGCAACGGUCUCGGCCGCCAAAACGCCCACGGCAUAGACCUGAACCGCGAUUUCCCCGACCAAUUCGACCGUCAUCGCUCUGAUGAUGACGCUUAUCUCUUCGCGGGAAGACAGCCUGAGACUAUAGCGCUGAUGAAAUGGGUCAUGGGGAAACAGUUUGUGCUGUCAGGGAAUCUACAUGGAGGAACUGUGGUGGCUAGCUACCCUUAUGAUGACUUAAAGUCAGGCAAAGACUGUUGCGAGGAAAGUCAGUCGCCAGACGACACUCUUUUCAAGCACCUUGCGUUACUAUACGCGUCCAAGAACGAAGUGAUGCAUAAAGGCGACACAUGUCCGCCGGAGAAAUUCAAGGACGGCAUUACUAAUGGUGCCGAUUGGUAUUCUGUUAAAGGUGGCAUGCAAGACUUCAACUACCUCCACUCCAACUGUUUCGAAGUGACCUUCGAGCUCUCCUGCUGCAAAUAUCCAGCUGCUUCAGAACUGCCUCGCUUCUGGAGGUUAAACAAAGAUGCCAUGCUAACCUUUAUGGAGCAGACACAUAUUGGUGUCAAAGGUUUUGUGGUGGAUGAAGACGGAGAACCUAUUAAGAAUGCGUUUAUAAAAGUGGAAGGGCUGCUACACUUCGUGAAGACGACGGAUCAGGGAGAGUUCUGGAGAUUACUGCUGCCGGGACAGUACAACAUCACCGCUUUGGCUCAAGGCUUCGAAUCCCCUGCCCCGGUCACCGUCACCGUCCCCGCCAACCAGACGUCAGCGGUCCCGCUGCGGCUGGUGGCCCGCCGGCGCGCCGUCGGGAAAGUAAGCUUAGAAAACAUUGAUGUCCCGGAAGUAGUCAUCACUGAAGCAAAACCGGAGCAAAACCCACAUCGUCGUGACGUGCCCACUCUCCCUGCAGAAGAUUUCAACCACCACGACUACCACAAGAUGGAGAGCUUCCUCAAGGACCUGGCAGACUUGUACCCGAAGAUCACCAAACUGAGCAGCAUCGGGAAGAGUGUGGAAGGGAGAGAGCUGUAUGUGCUGGAAGUGACGAAGGACCCUGGGAGACAUGUUCCUGGGAAACCGGAAUUCAAAUACGUGGCCAACAUGCAUGGAAACGAGGUGGUCGGUCGCGAACUCCUCCUAAUGUUGGCCAAAUAUUUGUGCCAAGAAUACACCAACGGCAACGAACGGAUACAGAAUAUGCUGAACAACACCAGGAUACAUCUCAUGCCGAGUAUGAACCCGGAUGGAUAUGAGAAGAGUACUGUCGGUGACUACAAAAGCACACACGGCCGCGAGAACGCACACAACGUCGAUCUAAACAGAAACUUCCCUGAUCAGUUUGGCGAAACACCGGACAACCAAGUAGCGGAGCCUGAAACGAAGGCCGUCAUGGAUUGGUCCCUCUCAAUACCCUUCGUGCUAUCCGCCAACCUGCACGGAGGUUCCCUGGUUGCCAACUACCCGUACGAUGGCAACCCUUCCAUGCACAGCGGGGACGAAUAUCUGGCCCCUGAUCAUGACGUGUUUCUACAUUUGGCCCAUACUUAUUCUGAUACUCACCUGAAAAUGCAUUUGGGACAACCAUGCAGGAGCUACCCUGAGCGGUUUCCUGAGGGCAUUACCAAUGGCGCCAAGUGGUACGUGCUUGCCGGCGGUAUGCAAGACUGGAACUACCUACACACCAACGACAUGGAAAUCACACUAGAGCUGGGCUGUUACAAGUUCCCCCCUGCUACCGAUCUACCCACCUACUGGGCGGACAACAGAGAAGCGUUACUCGCGUAUAUUGAAGAGGUCCACAAGGGUGUCCACGGUUUCGUCCACAGCCACAUAGGCGGUAACCUGUCGAAUGCGACAGUGUCAGUGUCCGGGAUCCGACAUAACGUGCGGACAGCUAAAGAUGGCGACUACUGGCGACUACUAGUCCCUGGACGGUAUAACAUCACCGCUAGCAAGCACGGCUACGAGAGUGUAACGGAAGAGGUGGUGGUACCGGAAUCCGGUUCCGUCAGCCUCAACUUCACGCUCAUGCCGGAUGACCCGCAGCACUGGUCUUCCGCCUACGACUUCCGCGUGCUAGAAAACAUAAUGCACACCCGCUACCACUCGACGCUGGAGAUAUACGCGGAGCUGGCAGAACUCGAGAACAAGUUCCCGGCCAUCGCGGAGUUCCGAUCAGGAGACAGCAUGCUCACCGCCUCGCUUCACCAGCUCAAGAUGACUGACAAGGUGGGAUCUCCCGAAGAGACCAAGCUCCACAUGGCUCUCAUCAGUAACCUCUACGCCUCCAACGCCGUCGGUCAAGAGAUGCUUCUCAACUUCGCCCGGCACAUCGCGACAGCUUACUCUCUCGGCGAACCGAGACAUAAGAAACUGCUUGAGAAUGCUGUGCUGCAUUUUAUACCGAAUUUAGACCCAUUGUAUGAAAAAAUUCUGCGUCAUUUUAGCGGAGAACAGUGUCAGUUAUCGCCUCUAGAAGAAGAGUUCGGCGACAGUCUAUACCACUACAUCACCAAAACCAAUUUAAGCCCUCUGACUAACUACACACGGGAGAAGGCCUUCGUAGACCUGCUGCAGGCUGAGAAAUAUGACAUCGUGUUGGAGCUAUCUUCAGGCACGGAGGACGUUGCGUACCCCGACCUGUCACGCCAUCUGUUCGAACAGUUCGCGCAGAAGUACCAGAACAACAGAACACCCAUGGACAAAUACGAGUGUCGCAGUGCAUCAUCUAACCAUGGGAACCUACUCGAUGUACUGUGCGAGAGGUACAAUACGCCCGUGGUGUCGCUGGGCGUGAGUUGCUGCAAGAUGCCGAGUGAGGGUGACAUAGCCUACGUGUGGAAGAGCAACCUCCGCGGUAUCAUGAAAUUCGUCGAGUUGGCUAACACUGGCAUCCAAGGCUACAUAAAGAGUGACACAGGCGGUCCGAUUCGCGACGCCACUAUAGCGGUGAACGAUUUCACGCGCCCCUACAGGGCCAGUCGCAACGCCGCGCACUACCGGGCCUCACUACCGGCAGGAGAAUACCAGGCUGUCGUGUCUGCUAAAGGAUAUGUAGACCAGGCAUUAACAUGGCGGAUCAUCGAAGGCGAAGUGAAACAGAAAGAUAUCAUACUCCACCGAGCGAACAGCGAACUACCGGGAGGCACUUUCGACAACAAAGAGUUGUAUAACGACCCCAACUUAGUGUAUAUUUCAGGACUCGCUCUCGACCACAACAGCGUACCUCUAAGCACAGCUAAGCUACUAGUGUACCCCCUCGGCGCCAAGAAACUCGUCGACCCCGUAUCUACCAACACUAGCGACGCCAAUGGCCGCUUCGUAGUGUCUCUACCUGUCACGUUCAUGGGCAGAGAGGUGCUUAUGACCGCUGAGAAGGAUGGAUAUAUAUCUAGACAGAGACACGUUAUGGUGAACAAGAAUGAGAAUAUGACCCCCAAAGUGCUUUUCAAGUUGGAAUCAGACGAUAAGGUCCUCGGCAUGUCUCGCCUGGUGUUCGUCAUGGUUGCUGGUGUGGUGGGCGUGGCGCUGGUGACGCUGGCGGCGUGGUGCUUCAGCUGCCGCCGCGCGCGCGACUCGCGCCGCGACUACAUGUUCACGCAGCUCGCGAGCGACGAGAAGCGACCGUUCACUGACGACGGGAAAUAUGAAAUAGUGAGCAAGCCCUACUAUGACGCAGAAGAGAUCCCUCCCUCCGAAACGGACUCCGAAGAAGAGAUAGUCCUGCUCAGGAGUGACCGAGACUGGAAGCCCGUCGACAACCUCAUCGACUAAGAACAUUGUGUUGUGUAGUUAGUGACAUCUAGGGACAAGUAGCGGAAUUAUUAGUACCGCUACUCGACACUAGAUGUCCUCUACUCAGAAACUGAAACCCGGAAACAAUCUCACCUACUAAGGAUAACCCUAUUAAAGGCUCCAUUUAACAUCGUACCAUAUAAAUAACAUAAGGACACAAUCAUGUAUUAAGACCCCGUCGAGGACCUCAUCGACUAAGGCCUGAUUUAGACGGUGUGCGAACUCGCAUGCGAUUUUAGUUACAUUGCCAGCUGUUUAGGUUACAUACAAUUUUGCACAGCCAUCAAAUACCGCAUUGUAAUAAAACUCGUAUGCGAGUUCUCGUACCGUCUAAAUGUGCCCUAAUUAUAGUGCCUUGGUAGCAAGAAACAGGGUCAAUUUUAAAUCGUUAAUAACUUAGAGCAAUCUCCUAAGUGCUUACUUUAUUAUAGUCGACAUCUAGCGGCAAGUAGCGGAUUUAUUAGUACCGCUACUCGCCACUAGAUGUCGCCACAUGAUGUCUAACGCUCAAUCAUAUUCAGCUCUUAUCGGAACUCUAUUGUGAAGUCCUUUUACUUGUAAUAUUUGUUAUAAAUUGUUAAGCAAAGAUUUAACGUCGUGCCUUUUAUAUUGAAUGAUAUAAUUAUUACGAGGCCUUAAGAAAAUAGUGCCUUAUUAGGAGGAAUUGUUGUUGAAAUCUCCAAAAUAUAAGCGGAUUUGAUGAAAAUACUGACUUACCUUUAUCAACAGAAAAUACGGUACAGCACAUCAAAUGAUGGUAUUUUCUAUGGAACAUACUUUUUUAAGACACCGUGGUCGGUUAUUUAGUAGAACUUGUUUAGUAGGAUCUACACAUUUUAGCAAUAUUUUACAUCGAAUAGUACUUGUAAUUAACGUAAAAUAGUACAUUACGAUACAAGUGCGUAAAAAAGGAAGUUCGAAACGAGUGGCGUAAGUUUCAAAUUGACACGAGUUACGAAUUUCUUAUUCGCAUCUGUAUCGUACGACUUUUUUCAGUACAGAUGAGGCUCCGAUGUUUCGACCUGGCAUAAUAAUAAACCACUAUUCGCACUAGUGCGUAAAAAAAGCCACCUGUACUGAAAUAGUACAUUACGAUACAAGUGCGUAAAA